CGACAGGGCGUUCCGCCCCCCGCGCAUGGGGAGGUAGGCUCGGACCGGCUCGCGGAGCUGCAGCAGUCCUUCGCGCCCUCCUCGCCCUCCCCACCGACAUCAUGCUCCAGUUCCUGCUUGGAUUUACAUUGGGCAACGUGGUUGGAAUGUAUCUGGCUCAGAACUAUGACAUACCAAACCUGGCUAAAAAACUUGAAGAAAUUAAAAAGGACUUGGAUGCCAAGAAGAAACCCCCUAGUGCAUGAGACUGCCUCCAGCACUGCCUUCGGGAUACACUGAUUCUACUGCUCUUGAGGGCCUCCUUUACCAUCUGAACCAAAAGCUUUUGUUUUCGACUCCAGCCUCAGCACUUCUCUUCUUUGCUAGACCCUGUGUUUUUUGCUUUAGAGCAAGCAAAAUGGGGCCCCAAUUUGAGAACUACCCUACAUUUCCAACAUACUCACCUCUUCCCAUAUUCCCUUUCCAACUGCAUGGGAGGUUCUAAGACUGGAAUUAUGGUGCUAGAUUAGUAAACAUGACUUUUAAUGAGUAGCGUCUUCUUUAUUGUUUGCGAUUUUUACUACCUUUUGUCAAGAGAAAAACGGAUGAGUUUUGUAUAGCUGGUCAGAUACAAAUAAUAGUGACUUCACAGUUUAGCAAUUAUAAUGGGUACUUUUUAAACAUUUGGUACUAAAUUAUGUUGCUACAGAGUAAUUAAAAUUAAUAUCUAGAGCUAGUUUUGGUGAAUUAUUCAUUUAUUUUGUACUGCUGUUAGGCAGCUCUGUAGUUGCUAAUUUAACCAAUGAGUCAAUUUGCUGUUCAUUAACUAAGAAAUGAUUCUGAGAAUCCUGUCAGGAAUUGGGGAAUGAAAAAAUAUGCAAAAUAAUGGUCUUUGUCUCAGUAGAGUUCGUAGUCUAUUUAGUGUGCAUGUUUUUCCUUAAUGAUGUAUUUGAUCUGACUUUUCCUUCUCAGAAGAAUCAUACUUGGGAUUACAGGUACAUUUGAUGUUAUGUGAUGGAUAAGUGAAAAGUUUUUAAAGGAGAUUUUAUACCUUUUCACAUUAAAAAAGGUAUUUGUACUAUUACUUUGUAGUGAUUCUCUUAAGAAAAAAUGUAGCCCAAAUGUAUAGUAAAAUCAGCAGCUCAAGAAGAAUUUCUGCUUCUCUUUGUAGUUGAUGCUUUGUUUUUUCCUGCAGUCAGAAAUUCCCUGUAUUUGUCAAAUGUAUAAUCAGCUUGUAUUGUUUUUAAAUUUAAAAAAAAUUGAAUAAUUAACUUUUCCCAUAGGACAAGAUACAAAAGUAAUUUCACGUAAAGGGCCUUUCCCACCCCUGUUCUCUGGCUCCUGGCUCCUCUUUGACAAGUUACUGUUACCACUUUGCCUUAUACUUUUGAGAAAGAGUCUGUGCCUAAACAAACAUGUGUAACACAAAUAGUAACUAUACACAGAGGUCUGACCCUCGCUUCUUUUUUUUUAAUGGAGAUCAUUCUAUAUCAGCAAGUAAGUAGCAAGGAACCUCAUUCUUUUUUUGACUGCCUAAUAUUUUUUUGAAUAGAUACAACAUAAUUGAUUUAAUCUGCUACUGGUGAAUGCUUAGGUUGUUCUUUUGCUGUUACAAUGAUAACCUCAUUCCUAAUGUUAUUAAACAUAUCGAUUCAGGAUAGAGCUAUAAGAUAAAGUCCUAAAAGUAUAGUUUAGACUAAAUAUAAAUACCCAUUUCAUUAGCUGUUUUGUUUCAGAGGGCUUGUUGAGCAGCUUCACUAAUAAUGCCAUUUUUGAAGACAUGGCAGGUUCAGAAUCAAUACAUUGGCAGAAUUGUGCAGAGCA